UCUAUCCCCAUAAAAGGUCCCCCUUCGUCUUUGCACGGCUACAAAAGCUAUCAACCCCCUUUUAACACCACCUAAAAUCUCAAUCCACAUUCCCCCUCCCCCCUAGAUUCAAUCAGAGAUCCCCAUUUCAAGCUUAUUCCCACCAUGGAUUACGAGUACAAGAGAAACCACGUUCCCGCGUUUGGAAGCUGGGAUUGCGAUAACGAUCUCCCGUUCACUCAGUGUUUUGAGUCGGCGAGGCAAGCUGGACUGCUUCGAUACAGCUAUUCGGAAGAUCGUGAUCUGUACGUCACCGGCGAUUUGUAUGACAACAAUGUUGUCACUCCGGCUAUGAUUGUCGUUCCUCGUCGCACUGGGAAAGCGGGAUACCCGCAUGUGAAAGAAGGGAAAAAAGACUCAUGGGUCGUCUGUGACUACGAAUACGACUACACUUACGACUGUGACGUAAAGGAGCCUCCUAGCCCCGUCAGCGUAGCAACACCACCACCACCAUCACCACCGUCACGACGGCGACAACAACCAAAGAGGCACGUUAAACCCAAAGCCGUAGACGAAGAUCUGUACAGAAUCUCGCCGGAGCUCCUCCGUGCCAAGCCCAGAAAGAAAAAAUGGGGAUUGUUUUCAAGCUGCAUGCAACCAACUUGUGGUAUAUGAAGACAAAUUAAAGCUUUCAAGGUACAUAGAUGUAUUCAAGACAAUGGAAGCGUAAUAUUAUAGGGUGGUAGGGUAGAGAUUUAGUGUAAAUUGGGCUUAAUAGUAUAGGCCCAAAAGAGCCAUCACAUCUCUAUUAACUCAUUAUUAUUGUGGCAAGAGAGUAAUGAUUAAUGGGAGGAUGAUGAUGAUAUUAAAGUUGCCUUGUUGGUUUUGUUAA